GCCGGGCGCAUUCCUGCCGGCGCUGCCCGCCCCGGGGUGGGCGCUGGAGCCCCCUUAAAGCCUCCUGCCCCCAAAGAGCAUUUCCCAGACGCCCGCCAGCUCCCUGGGAUCUCACUGGCGCCCCACGGCAGAGAUAACCAGGCAUGUCAGACUCUGAGGAGGUCAUCGAAGAACAUGACCAGGAGCAGGAAGAGGAGUACGUGGAAGAAGAAGAGGAAGAAUGGAUAGAGGAAGAAGACGGGCAGGAAGAACAGGUAGAGGAAGCGGAGGAGGAGACUGAAGAAACCAAGGCAGAAGAACAAGAAGAUGAAACGAAAGCACCAGGAGAAGGUGGAGAGGGGGACCGAGAGCAGGAGCCUGGGGAAGGUGAAUCGAAGCCAAAACCCAAGGUCUUUAUGCCAAACCUGGUGCCUCCCAAAAUCCCAGAUGGCGAGAGACUGGAUUUUGAUGACAUCCACCGCAAGCGCAUGGAGAAGGACCUGAACGAACUGCAGGCUCUCAUUGAAGCCCACUUUGAGAGCAGGAAGAAGGAGGAAGAGGAGCUCAUGUCCCUCAAGGACAGGAUUGAAAAGCGGCGAGCGGAGAGGGCUGAGCAGCAGCGGAUCCGCAGCGAGAGGGAGAAGGAGCGACAAGCCCGCAUGGCCGAAGAGCGAGCUCGCAAGGAGGAAGAGGAGGCACGGAAGAAGGCUGAGGAGGAAGCGCGGAAGAAGAAGGCUUUCUCCAACAUGCUGCAUUUUGGAGGCUACAUGCAGAAGUCAGAGAAAAAGGGGGGGAAGAAGCAAACGGAGAGGGAAAAGAAGAAGAAGAUCCUCAGCGAACGGCGGAAGCCUCUGAACAUCGAUCACCUCAAUGAGGACAAGCUGAGGGACAAGGCCAAGGAGCUGUGGCAAAGCAUCCGUGACCUGGAGGCGGAGAAGUUUGACCUGCAGGAGAAGUUCAAGCGGCAGAAAUACGAGAUCAACGUCCUCCGAAACCGUGUCAGUGACCACCAGAAAGUGUCAAAGGCUGCCCGUGGGAAGACCAUGGUAGGCGGCCGGUGGAAAUAGAUGCUCGGGAGGCAAAGGCGGCUCGGCCACGGGGAGGUGUGCGGCCCUUGGGUCCACCAUCUGCCUUCCCCCCCCUCUUGGAGCCAGCACCGCACACCCUCUGCCUGCACAGGGCUUGGUGGGCCUGGCUGCAGGCACAGUGCUGCCUGCACGGGCAGAUGCUUCACAAGGCUCCGUUUCCCACCUCCACACCCCCCGCUGAUGUUGUGUCUGUAAAUAAAGAGAACGGGGACAGGG